UAAAUGGUUGUAGAUAUUUCUCUCACUAGUGUCCACAAAGACCUCACCUUUGCGGCCAGAAUUCAGAAUCUAGCUUUUCAAGUGUCAAUGGAUCCUCGCGGCAAAGAAGUCGUACUAAUCACGGGGUGUUCGGCGGGAGGCAUAGGCCAUGCGCUGGCCCGAGCGUUCGCCGCUAACAACUGCCACGUCGUAGCCACGAGCAGGUCCCGGGGUUCCAUGUCGGACCUGGAGAAUGACUCCAGGUUCUUCCUCCAAGAACUGGAUGUUCUGUCGGAAGACAGUGUACGACACGCGCUGUCGAAUGUUCUGGAUAAGUAUGGUCGGAUAGAUGUGCUGGUAAAUAAUGCUGGGGUGCAAUGUGUAGCCCCUCUUGCUGAGAUCCCUCUCUCUGCUCUCCAACACACUUUUAAUACCAAUGUUUAUGGUCCCAUACGGCUGGUUCAAGCUGUUGUUCCUCAUAUGGCAUCCAGGAGAAAGGGAAAGAUCGUAAAUAUUGGAAGCGUAACUGUUAUGGCCCCUGGACCAUGGGCUGGUGCUUAUUCUGCAUCCAAAGCUGCUCUGCAUGCACUGACCGAUACAUUGAGAUUGGAACUCAGACCUUUUGGGAUCGACGUUAUCAAUGUUGUCCCGGGAGCUAUCCGGACGAACAUAGCAAUAUCUGCCAUGGCUAACUACAACUGGAUGCCCGAGUGGAAUUUAUACAAACCUUUUGAAGCAACCAUCCUAGAGAGAGCCCAUCUUUCACAAGGAUUUAAGUCGACCCCUUCAGAUGUGUUUGCAAAGAAGACAGUGGCUGUUGUGCUGAAGAAAAACCCACCAGCCUGGUUCUCCUCUGGCCAGUACUCCACUAUCAUGGCAAUCAUGAAUCAUUUGCCACUAUUUAUUCGAGAUUUUAUUGUUAGGAUAGCAAUGAAAUGUUGAGUUGUACCUUGU